GGGUUAGAGACAUGGAGUGCGGCACUAUCAUUCUACUUCUGUUAGUAUUUCAUACGAUGUAUGGGCAAGGUCUCGCAGAUGGUGGCUUAACCACUCCUACUGAUUCUCUCGCAGAUGGUGGCUAUUCCACUCCUGAUUCUCUCGCAGACUAUUCCACUCCUUCUGAUACGCAGUAUGAAUUUGCUGGUCGUCAAACAGAGAGCACUCUUGGAUGUGGGCAAGAACUCGGAGGACCGCAGCCAGAAUUUAGCUUUACACAACCAACCGAAAUUGAAAAUAUGUCGCAGCAAAAGGAAAUAUGUGAUGUGACGACGGAGGAAGCCGGACUGGGUUCCACAGCGCCGGGGGUCCAGGGAGCAGCAAACUACGGUCUUUACGAGUGGCGUGCCAUGGCUGCCGCCUGCCUCUCGUUCCAGUGGGCGUACUUCGAUGGUGCGGGCCUUCCUCCUGUCGGAGGCCUCAACUCAACAUCAUACACUCCUUGCAGGGCUACUUUUCAUACCAUGUAUGGACCACCUAUCACAAGUGACGGCUAUUCCACUGAUUCUGAUUCCCAAUAUGAACUUGCUGAUCUUCAAACUGAGUGA